AUGAGUCAACCGCCCCAUCGAUCAAGCUUCGGGAUGUUGCUUCGACGCAGCAAAUCGGGGGAUCUCGGCAAGGGAGGAAGGAAGCAUCAGAAAGAGCAACAGAGGGAGACUGUCCCCAAAUCUCCCCCUCGUUUACCCGCUCUCUACAAUGGCGCUCAACCUCCUGCACCUCUACAGAGCUUUGGAGGAGAUACUCGUCCGGAUUCCCUUGCAAUCGUCUCUGGAACAGCUGAUCACUCAUUUCAUCAUUACCCUCCAAGGGCAUCCAUUGAUCCCGGUCGUCCAUCAAUGUCUUCUACUGUCGCUGGUCAUCCCGUCCCUCCCGUUCCCAACGGAGCUUGGGUCGAUCCAUACGCCCGUACCGAGAGUAUGACGCACCGUGGUCGCUAUAGUUACGCGAGCAGUGCUGUCAGCACAAUCAACAGCCCCCGAAGGGUUCGUAGGAGGAAGGAUCCUACUCCUUUCAACGUCUUAAUUGUGGGCACCCGUGGCUCCGGGAAGACCUCGUUCCUCGAAUUCCUCAAGACCGCACUAGCCUUACCACCUAAGAAACGAUCUCAACGAUCGACAGAAAUCGAGAUGGAAGUUACUUCCACUGCGGCACCUUCGGGUAACUUCAUACCACACUACCUAGAGAGCGAAAUCGACGGCGAACGUGUUGGAUUAACUUUAUGGGACUCGGAAGGUCUCGAGAAGAACGUGGUAGAUUUACAAUUGAGGGAAAUGUCAACGUUCCUAGAAAGCAAAUUCGAGGAGACUUUCGCUGAAGAGAUGAAGGUGAUUCGAUCACCAGGCGUUCAGGAUACGCACAUUCACGCAGUCUUCCUCAUUCUGGACCCUGCUCGCCUAGACCGAAAUAUAGCAGCGGCGAAAGCUGCUUCCGCUAACGGUCACAAUGAGAAGUACGAACGAGAAGUUGGUCGCGUUGUAGGUGGGUUGGAUGAGGAUCUUGACCUGCAAGUAAUGCGAACCCUCCAAGGCAAGACAACUGUAAUCCCAGUCAUAUCAAAAGCCGAUACUAUCACCACCGCCCACAUGGCUGUUCUCAAGAAGACCGUCUGGGCCAGUCUCAAGAAGGCCAACUUCGACCCCCUCGAAGCACUAGGACUUGAUGACGAUGAUGAUUCUAGCAGGAUUGACGAAGCUGAGGAAGAGGAUCAGGAGGAGGGCGAAGAGGUCGCCGAACCUGCAGUAGAAAAGCCAAUCCAGGAGGAAGGUGCUCCUGCAGAAGACGAUGACGCCGAAGAGGACGGCGACGACGAGCUUCCGAUCCAGGGUAGGACCUCAUCGGCUUCAUCAAAGCGCCGCUCAAAUACUUCAAUUCGACGAGCCAAAUCAUCUGAGGAAGAUGGUGAUGAUGUUCCUUUCCUUCCCGUAUCUAUAAUCAGCCCCGACAUCUAUGAGCCCGGUGUUGUCGGCCGAAAGUUCCCCUGGGGUUUUGCAGACCCAUACAAUGAGGAGCACUGCGAUUUCACCCGACUCAAGGACUCUGUAUUCAGUGAGUGGCGCGGUGAAUUACGCGAGGCUAGCAGAGAACAAUGGUAUGAGGGAUGGAGAACCAGCCGCCUCAAGCAAAGACAACCUGCAACCCGACGCCGAUGA